AGCGGACAGACGUAUACUCCACGCCUAUCCAUUUUAUUUCUGCAUUGUUCGAUAAAAUCUUAAUGUUACGAUAAAUGAGUUUAUUUUUUAUUCAUGAAAUCAUAAGUAUAUUUAUAAAUUGUGCUGUAAUUUUACGCGAUUAAUUCAAUUCAUUAAAUUUAUAUGAUGCAAACUAUUUAUCUAGUCAAUUAAUUCAGAAGUUUUUAUUAAAGUGAAAAAGUGAUAUAUUCUGGAAUAUAAUAUGACAGCAAAGAAACUAUACUGAGAUAUUGUGGAAUAGUUGGGCAUAAUUUUGUACAAUGCGAAGUUAAACAAUAAAAUAUAUCGAAGUGAGAAAAAAAAAAGUUUAUCUAUUUUAAAUAAAAAACGAUGAUCAAUGUAAAAACCUAAGUCGUGAAUUCAGAACAUGUCAUUUUUGUUAACAAGUGAAACUAAAAAGAAACGUAAAGCGUCCAAAAGGCGAUUCCACAAAUCAUAAUGAAAUCUGUGAAAAACUAUGUAACACGAAAAAAGCUUGUUUUAAGAAUGAACAAAUAAACUGUUGUGGAAAGUGUUCUAAACUACAUUCUUAACAAUGUUUACCUCGAGGAAAUUGCAAAUUAUAUUCGCAUAUGUGCUCGUUUUGGUGAAGUCGAGCACUGGGCAAGAAGCGAAGGCGGGCAUCACGGUGGAGUUCCUGAACACCAAUAUAACGCGGCUCAAUGCAAGGCUUAUCAGCGCGCGCGGAUUCCGUCUUCACGAAGUAGAACAUCUGAUAGUAAUGAACGCGCCAAAAUUGGAACACAUCGCCGUAGAAGAUCUGACAAAAAUGCCGUCUCUUCGAUCAUUGAGUAUAACCCAAGCCCCUUUAUUGCACAAGAUAGCACCGCUCCCGGCUAUGCCUGAACUGCGCACCUUAAUGAUCACCACGUCGGGACUGGUGGAGGUGCCCAACCUUAGUCAUGUGCACGACAACGACGAGGCUAAUCGGUCGCAACAAUAUCUACAGGCUGUGGACCUGGAAGCCAACCACAUCAGGCGAAUCCCGUCGCACGCCUUGCGCAUUCGAGCUGACCAAGUGUCACUGAACUACAAUCUGAUAGAGGAAGUGCCUGCACAUGCUUUUAAAAACUCGCAAAUUUCUAAGCUGAGUUUCAAAGGUAAUACGAAACUAAAACGACUGGAUGACUUGGCUUUUGCUGGAAACCUCGUAUUGCGACAGCUGGACCUCAGCAACACGGGCGUUACAUAUCUGCCUACCAAAGGACUGGAAAACCUCGAGACUCUUAAAAUAGAAAAGACGCCGAGCUUGAAGUACAUCCCUUCCAUUUACGAUUUCAGAAAUCUGCGGGAGGCAUUCUUAACACAUCACUUCCACUGUUGCGCCUUCCAGUUCCCCGAGAGACACAAUCCCGCUCGACACAAGCUCUAUGAAACACAGCUAGCGGUUAUGAAACAGAGAUGCAGCCAAAAUGACCAAAACCCUACUCCUGAAACGAGGAAGCGACGAUCCACCAACGCAAUUUCUGCUGAAAAGUCAACCACACCGUCUAGUGAUAUAAACGACACGUCAACCGCCAGUUACGAGUACGAGUCGUGGGGCAGCGAGGAGUACUUCUCCGACUCCGGCAGCCUGGAAGACGACGAGAUGGAGAACUUCCACGCGCCCGUCAACAGCAGCCUGGGAGUGGCCUACUCCGUCGAGUGCGGGAACUUUAGCUUGAGUCGACGCCGAGAAGUUAAAUGCACGCCUCAACCAGACGCCCUCAACCCUUGUGAGGAUGUGAUGGGAUGGUCUUGGCUGCGAGCCAGUGUAUGGUUCGUAAUCGCUGCCGCCGUGGUUGGCAACACUGCUGUCCUCCUAGUUCUUACUACCAACCACACGGAACUAACAGUCCCUAGGUUCCUCAUGUGCCAUUUAGCGUUUUCGGAUCUAUGCACGGGACUGUACCUUUUCAUGUUGGCCGUAAUCGACCUUAGGAGUUACGGAGAGUUCUUCAAUUACGCGUACAACUGGCAGUACGGCGUUGGUUGCAAGAUUGCCGGAUUCCUUUCCGUAUUCUCCGGACAGCUGUCAGUAUUCACCCUCACUAUUGUGACCUUGGAGCGAUGGUUCGCUAUCACAUACGCGAUUUAUUUGGAAAGGCGGAUAUCUUUGGGCGCAGCGGCUAAGAUAAUGAUUGGAGGAUGGAUGUUCUCGAUUUUAAUGGCAGGAAUGCCAUUGGCUGGCGUUUCGGAUUACUCCUCAACGUCGAUCUGCUUACCGGCAGAGAGCAAAGGCAUCGGCGAUGCGGUUUAUCAGGGCUCGUUGUUUCUUACCACCGCGAUUGCUUGGGUGACUAUAGUAAUAUGCUACGUUCAGAUUUAUAGAUCCUUAGGUGUGGGCGGGGAGAAGUAUGGCGGUAGAGCGGCAGCCGCGGCUGCUGAGAGAAGAAUAGCUAAUAAAAUGGCAUUGCUGAUCGGCACCGACUUGCUCUGUUGGGCGCCCGUUGCCUUUUUCGGAGUGACAGCAUUAGCUGGCGUGCCGUUGGUUGACGUCAGUCAUGGGAAGGUGCUGCUAGUGUUCUUCUACCCGUUGAACGCGUGCGCGAAUCCGUUCCUGUACGCGAUACUCACGAAGCAGUAUAGAAGAGAUCUCUUAACACUUAUAGCUCGUACCGGGAGAUGUAAUUGGCUAAUUCAACGGUACAAGUUGGCGGCGACCCCCCCUCCCACCGGACACACGAACCCCUCCGCCCCGGCUAUGCUGUUGCCACUCGUAGAUUACCAACGGUCGACGUCGAUGAACAAAGAAAAUGGUGAUGCUGAGAUUUUGUAACUAUUAUAGGUUAAUUACUUUUACUGUUGAUAUUAUUAUAGGUAUAUUUAUUGUA